AGGGGCUGCGCCUGUCCGGUGAGCGACGCGGGAGCGCAGGUGGCUUUUUAAGGAGCGCUGGGGAUGGCGGCGUUGAAGUUCGCUGGUCUGGACGACACGGACAGCGAGGAGGAGCUACCGCCGGGCUGGGAGGAGCGGACCACCAAGGACGGCUGGGUCUACUACGCCAAUCACCUGGAAGAGAGAACUCAAUGGGAUCAUCCAAAAUCUGGGAAACGAAAAAGAGUUGCUGGAGACUUACCGUACGGAUGGGAGCAGGAGACGGAUGAAAACGGGCAAGUCUAUUUUGUUGACCAUAUAAACAAAAGGACCACAUACCUUGAUCCCAGAAUGGCCUUCACGGUGGAAGACAAUCCCAUGAAACCCAACGUGAAGCAGAAGUACGAUGGCAACACCACUGCAAUGGAAGUAUUAGAAGGCCGAGACUUGAGUGGGAAAGUGUUCAUAAUCACAGGAGCAAAUUCAGGAAUAGGCUUUGAAACUGCAAAAUCCGUUGCACUUCAUGGUGCACAUGUCAUUCUUGCUUGCCGAAACCCCUCACAAGCUGAUGAGGCCGUGUGCCGGAUCUUGAAAGAAUGGCACAAAGCCAAGGUGGAAGCAAUUGCCUUGGAUCUUGCCUCUCUUCAGAGUGUUUGGGAAUUUGCUGAAACUUUCAAAUCCAAGAAUCUAGCUCUCCAUGUGCUGGUCUGCAAUGCUGCUGUUUUUGGUCUUCCUUGGCAAGUGACUGAAGAUGGCCUGGAGAGGACCUUCCAGGUGAAUUAUUUAGGACACUUUUAUCUCAUUCAGCAACUCAAAGAUGUUCUUUGCCGCUCAGCUCCUGCAAGAGUUGUGAUGGUCUCUUCUGAAUCACACAGGUUCCCAUAUAUUAAAAACAACUCAGGAAAACUUGACCUCAACUUGCUUUCGCCAUCGAAGAAAGAAUAUUGGGCUAUGCUGGCCUAUAAUCGAUCUAAGCUUUGCAGUAUUCUUCUAUCGAAUGAGCUGAAUCGUCGCCUUUCCCCCCAUGGAGUUACGUCAAAUGCGUUGCAUCCUGGAAAUGUGAUCUACUCAUCCAUUCAUCACAACUGGUGGGUGUACACCCUCCUGUUUACUCUGGCUCGACCUUUCACCAAGUCAUUGGUAAGAGCAUGAUAUUUUAUACUUGAUGAUUGAUUGAUUGAUUGAUUGAAAUCAGACUGGCUUUUUAAAAAUUCACUUAUACCUAUUGCAUUUUGACCACUUUUUAGUUUUUUGGUCUUGACCAUUUAUAUGAUUGUGGUGCUUGUGGUCAAAAAAGGGUGUGUCCCUUGACUGUUUGUGUUGGUCUUUGAUAAACCCAUGUGCGUUUUCAGGGUCAUGUACUUUUGAACCCACGUGUCAUAUGUAUAUGUCUGAAUAUAAGUCCCUGCUGAGGACCAAAUCUGU